AUUUUUUUCUGACCGAGAGAUUGUAAACGAGGGUGUGAUUGGCUUCAAAUUGUGUCAAAAGCGAACUGGGGUGUUGGAUUAGAUGCGAGGGUGCAGAUCUGCUUGAGUAUUGUCCCAGCCUCGGUUCCACAGCCGCAUUACGAGUUUCUCGUGGGAUUAAAUUUUGUUGGGAGUAAUUUGCAGUGAGGAGGGUGCAAGUCUGCUUGAGUUCCAAGUGCGGUCAGUGGAGCUCAAGACCGACGGCAAUUCUGUGUGCUGUUGACAUAAUUGUUGUGGGAACUUAUCCAAGUCGUACGUUUACACAAUUAUCUUGUAGAUCAUUGCAGCGUUGCAGCCUGCGUGCAUCCAUUUUUUUUUCGCAUCCCGUUGCGUGUGGGGCAUGCCAGAGACUGGCUAAGCAUGUGAGGUGCUUUCCUCUUACAAAAGGAAUUGCGGAAAGAGGCGUCUAAUUGAGUCUUGGAAAUACAACUGUGAAGUCCAUGACACCCCUUUGGUGAUAGAAGGGAUCCAUCCAUCAGCGGAGAUUUAAGACUGCUGCGCAAGUUCAAAGGUGUGACACCCUGAUAUCGUUGGAUUAGUUCAAGAAUGGUAGACGAAAGAAAUUGAGCAUCUCCGAGAUUUUCGGAGAUACAAAGUGGAGGUUAGACGAUCUACUGAGGACAAGGUGUCCUGCAAUUGCGACGAGCUAUAGAUUGUAUACUGCCUAUUUGUCAAAGGCAGUUGGGAACUGGAAUGCGUUUGUGUGUAGCUCUUCCUUCAAUUUAUGUGGCCUUCGAGAGUUAUGGAGUAUAACCGGUGGUUUAGCAAGAGAAUUGAUGUCUGAAAUUAACUUCAGGAUCUCUAAACGGACGCAGCAAUGAGCUUCUUGGUUGGAUAUCACUCAUGACUGUUCCAUUACAGCCGAUGUAGAGUUCAAAUCUGGAACACCUAGGCGUCGAAAAGCAGCUUUCUUAGACUGAAAAGUGCUUUUAGUUGAUUCGCAGCAAUGGUGGGUUAUGACUUGUCUGCGAUUCCUCAGAAGCCAGCUUGGCUGGAGUCUCUUUUAGCCGAAAAAUUCUUUGUGCCUUGCGCGAAGCAUGGAGCGUUGAAGAAGAAUGAGAGAAAUGUAUUCUGCAUGGACUGCAAUGCAGGCGUGUGCCAGCAUUGCGUCCCUGCUCACCAGAAUCACUGCAUUCUUCAGAUUCGGCGAUAUGUGUACCAUGACGUGAUACGUCUACAAGAUAUUCAACGUCUUUUGGACUGCUCGACAGUUCAAACCUACAUCAUUAACAGUGCGCGGGUGGUGUUUUUGAACCAGAGGCCACAGCCGCGGCCUUCCAAGGGGAUGGGUAAUGCCUGUGGGACCUGCGACAGGAGUCUGCAAGACUCGUAUGCUUAUUGCUCGGUUGCAUGCAAAGUAGACGCCAUUGUUAAUAGCGGUAGUGACCUGUCGAGCCUUCUGCCGGUGAGCUGCAACAUGCCGUACGCUUUCUUCACCUGCUCUCCGACUCGGAGCUUGAAAGGUGGGAAGCACGAGCUUGAGGACGAGCUUCUUACGGAUUCUCCGUCCGAUGAGUCGCCAACCCAGACGUCUUCAGCAUCGACAUCUAGUGAGGUUACGGGGUUCUGUGGAGUAGUAUCAACGGCCUCAACUCUUUUGUUGCCUAAGAAAGUGCGGAGUGGGCGUCUAUCGGCGAUGACGACGUCCCCAGUGUCUGUAAUAUUUCCAGUUUCUGUGAAGAGAAGGAAAGGGACUCCUCACAGAUCGCCAUUUUGCUAGGAAAUUGCUCCUGUAGAGAGCUCGGUUGCGUUCUUUGUCUUCCAUCUCACAUAUUUUUUGGUAUCGCUCAGUCGGUUACCCAGUAGUUAUUGAUCUCCCCUUGUGCAUGGGGGUUUCAUCCACAAAGCUUCACGUCGUUUCUGGCGACUUAUCGGAAUAGCUGAAGCAGACUGUUCUCCCCAGUCCAGUCGAGGGUUAGUUUAAAAGUGAAUGGAAGGAGCGGUUUGAUCUGUCGUGGGUAAUAGCUCGGCGAUAUGCUCUAGAGGUUUUGAAGUUUUAGUUUCACACGGCGGGACGAGGCAAGUAGAUUUCCCGAUAUCCCAACUUAAGCUGCUUGUAAGGACGUCUACGUUUGUGGUGUUUUGGCCAUAGGUCUUAAUUGUUCUGGAUUCGGUAGGAAUACUGUAGGGAGUCUCUGUUUGGAUUCGAUUGGAACGAUGACCGGUGUUGAAGCUGUAAUCAGGACUUCAAUUUGAAUGAGGGCCACAGUCCAAAAGGACGUGACAAUAGUUGGUAGCCUGUAAUUGCAAAAAAUUUACAGAAAUAUUUCUCCUCCAAGUAGUGAUGAGCAGAUUUUGCUUGCUGUAGUUCUACAUUAUUAUGACUUCACGAUAUGGGGCAGUUCUUGCAAUAAAAGUUUGACUAUGUCUGACCAAAUUAUUUACA